UCCUUCAGGACGUUGCUACGUGUUCAGUUUGAAGCAGGAAGUCUGCUAUCUAAUUUGCUACCCACGUAGCUAGUGACAGGAGAGUUAACGUUAUCAAAACUGCUGUCGGAGGGCCUACUGGUCUUGCAGCAAUAUGUUGCCGACCACCUCCUACACUGCGCAGAGCCAUGACAACGGUAGCCUGAAUUCACGUGAUGCUGCCCGACACACGGCAGGAGCCAAGCGCUACAAGUACCUGCGGCGGCUUCUCCAUGUCAAGCAGAUGGACUUUGACUUUGCCAUCUGGCAGAUGCUCUAUCUAUUCACCUCGCCACAGAGGGUGUACCGCAACUUCCACUACCGCAAGCAAACCAAAGACCAGUGGGCGCGAGAUGACCCUGCUUUCCUCGUCCUUCUCAGCAUCUGGCUUUGUGUGUCCACCGUGGGCUUUGGGCUCGUGCUGGACAUGGGGUUCGUGGAGACCCUGAAGCUGCUUCUGUGGGUGGUGUUCAUCGACUGCAUCGGCGUGGGGCUGCUCAUUUCCACCCUCAUGUGGGUAGUCACCAAUAAGUACCUCAUGAAGCAUCCCAAUAAGGAUUAUGAUGUGGAGUGGGGCUAUGCCUUUGAUGUCCACCUCAAUGCAUUCUACCCUCUGCUUGUAAUCCUGCACUUUCUACAGCUAUUCUUCAUUAACCACAUUGUAGUCAUCAAUUCAGACUGGUUCGUGGGUUACUUUGUGGGAAACACCAUGUGGCUGAUUGCCAUUGGAUACUAUGUCUACAUAACUUUUCUAGGAUACAAUGCGCUGCCGUUCCUGAAGAACACUGUGGUGCUCCUCUACCCUUUCGCCUUGCUCGGCCUCAUCUACGUCCUCUCCCUCUGUCUGGGCUGGAACUUCACCAAGGGGCUCUGCUGGUUCUACAAGUACCGGGUCCAGUAGGAGGCCCCAGGCCAGGCUGGGCUACUCAAAGACUCUCUGGGGACAUGCAGAUAGACCUGCUUUUGCUGUUUUUCUUUUGGAGAGGGCCUGUGUGUGCCGUGUUUUUGUAUAUCAUGUAAAUACUACUGUGGUUGUAGAUAACGGUGAAAAAAAAUGAUUGUGGAUUGUUUAUAAGAUUUCAUUUUUUUUAACUUGGCAAGUUGUGACAUUUCUGCUUGAGGAGCUGAAGUGCAGAAAUGCAGAGUUCUUUGGUGACUUACAUUUGAUCAGGACUGGGUGGAUUUUCCUCGGACUGUACAUUCCCAAUCACCGCACCUUCAAUAAAGGUUUUUUUACUGUAA